CGCGUUUUCAAGUGUUCUCGUCAGGAAAGGCGGACGGGACAGACGGUCUCGAUUUCAAGGCUGUGAGGGUGCCAUCUUCCCGAACAUAGGGCUCCGACAAGGCAACGGCUAGUGCCUGCCAAAGACUCUGACGACAUGUCCUGCAACGCGCCGAGUCAAGCCGCUCCGUACGACCCGUCCUGCAGCGCCCCGACGCAACUCCCACCGGUCGAUCCCACAAGCAUUGGGUCGCCGCCAGAAGAAUGGUGGGGUCGUCUGGCGCGCCUAGACGGUUUGGAAGAGGAUCCUCUCCUGUUGCUUGAAACGAAGAGUGUAUAUAGUUUCGGAAGUGGGCGUAAAGGCGAAAGUUGCGACUUUCUCCUAGACGGCAUAGCUGUGUCCUCGCAGCAUUUUUGCAUAUCACGCACAAGGGAAGCCGACGGCACAUAUACGAUUCUCAUCAAUGAUCUAUCGCUGAACGGAACAUUCCUCAACGGGGAAAGUCUGGGCAAAUCAAAGAGUCGGGCACUUUUUCACGGAGAUAUAAUAACCUGCGGAGAGCAUGAAUUCAUCUUUCAGCACCGGAGCAAAGUAGAGGGCUCCCUAGCCGCGAAUGCGAAAUUUCAGAACCUUUAUCGACUUGGACAGGAGCUUGGAAGGGGCAACUUCUCAGUAGUUCGCCUGGGCGUGGACAAGAUGAAUGGACAAGAGUUCGCAGUAAAGAUAAUCGACAAGAGGCGAUUCGCGGGAAAUGCGAAAGUACUCGAGGCGCUAAUACAAGAGGUGCUGAUCAUGAAAAGCCUGGAACAUCCGAACGUGGUGCAAUUGCAAGAGGCAUUCGAAAUUGAUUCAACCUCGUUCAUCGUGAUGGAACUACUAGAAGGUGGUGACCUCCUGCAGUACAUUGGAGCGCAGAAGCAUCUGGUCGAGCCUGAUGCCCGACGGCUUUUUAAACAGAUGAUUGCUGCGGUCGAAUAUCUCCAUCAACUUGAAAUCAUUCAUCGAGACUUGAAGCCGGAAAACUUCCUGCUGACGAAAGAUCACAAGACGCUCAAACUGUCGGAUUUCGGCCUUGCCAGAGCGGCCGGAAUCGAAAACUUCACCACGGUCUGUGGGACGCCGGCGUACAUUGCCCCGGAGAUUCUCAAGGGCACUGGACGGUACGACGGUCGUGUUGACAUUUACAGUCUCGGAGCGAUCCUGUACUUCAUGCUGUCGGGGGAAAUCCCACCAGACGGUGCCAGCCAACAAAGUCCUUCAACGAUGUCGCAGUUCUCCGAAACGGCAGCUGCACUCAUCAAGGAGGCCAUGCACCCGGACCCUGUGCGCCGCAUCACUCUCCGAAGUAUGGCAACCCACCCUUGGAUCGAAGAUAGACCAAUGCCGCUGGUAGCGUCUACAAUGCCAGAUACAUUUCGUCGGCCCAUCGAUAUUACGGCGUGGGCCACUCUCCGGACUGAAUCGGGCACUGAACAUAAAUUAUUCAAAAACACCUACACAAUUGGGCGCGGCAAAGAUGUUGACCUGCGCGUGGUCAACGAUCUGCGAGUGUCAAGCUUGCAUUGCAAAAUCUGCAAACGGGAGGAUGGGGAGGCAAUUCUGGAAGACCAUAGCGUCAACGGUGUCAGGGUGAAUGGCAUGCGUAUUGGAAAGGGCGGGUCUGCCAAGCUGGUAGAUGGAGAUUUGUUGCUCUUGGUACCGGAGAUAAUCAAUGGGCCUGCCAUUGUAUACACGUUCGCACAACCCUCUGGAUCAGGGGCAAGAAAAAGACCGGCAGAGGACAACUCUGAAAGUCCAAACAAAAGGCUAGCUGCAGACCUACCAACGUAUACCUUCACCGACCGCCGAGUCAGCGCCUCUCCGAGAUACACGCCCCUCUCAGAAAUCGGCUAUCUGACGUCUCUCUCCGCCCCUUCAGAAUUCCCACCCGACGUCGCCCUCAGUUCCGCCCCACUGCGGAUAGGGCGACGACCAGAUAAUGAUGUUCUCCUAAGUAACAUCGGGAUCAGUUCUGUGCAUUGUAUCAUCACCCCGAGCGCUGCGAAUGACGAUGGAAGGAAUAAGGUGUGGCUGGAAGAUCUAAGCCGGAACGGAAUGUUCCUCAACGGACGGAAACUCGGCAAGGGUGUGAAAGUCGAACUUGUAGACGGUGACGAAGUGGAACUCGUUCGAAUCAAGGAUGAUCCACUCUAUGGGUUCCGCUUCCAUAAUCCAUCACGAAGGCAUUGA